GGAGGACUGCAUCGAAAAAAAUCGUGCGCUGGCCAUUACCCUGAUCCUAUUACAGUAACAAAAAAACCCAACAUAAGAUUUUUUUUUCUUCCAUAAAGCUAAACCCGUGUCUGAUGCAAUGGGUAACUAUCAGUUUAGUCCACUCUUCUCGCCAUAAAUAACGCUCUCUCAGCCUGGCCGAUGAUUGCCACAGUAAUUGUUGGUUAUCUCCCGUGGUGACUGCAGAGUCAAGAGUUUUCUUCCCUGCUGCAUCUCAAGACCCACCAUUCCUGCAAUUCCACGGUUUGCGUACACUCACCCCUCUUGCCCCUCUUCCCUCUUUCUUCUACUUCUAAGUACCCUCUGAGCCCCAGUGAAGACCUACUGGUGGAGCCAGAAUGGAGGACACUUACAAUAACAGGACUUCCCUGGCUAAGGGGGCCAAGGACAUGGCCAAGGAGGUCAAGCGGCAUGCAGCAAAGAAAGUCAACAAGGUGGUGGACCGCGCCACAGACGAGUACUCAUCCCACCGCAACUACAGCCGAUUCCAGGAUGAGGAGGACGAAGAAGAGGAUUUCUACCGGAACCCCCCGAGGCAGGAUGGAGAGGGCUACCACGAAAACGAGGAGGGCUCCAGCGAUGCCACAGAGGGCCACGAUGAUGAGGAUGAGAUCUAUGAGGGCGAGUACCAGGGGAUCCCCUCUGCAGGAGAUAGGAAGCAUAAGGAGGGCCAGGUGGCGCUGGGGCAACCGAUGUCAGAUGCUACAAGGGACCGUAAGGGGCUGGAGGAGGAGAGACAGGCGGAUGAGGAGGAGCUGGCCCAACAAUACGAGCUGAUCAUCCAGGAGUGUGGUCACGGGAGGUUCCAGUGGCAGCUCUUCCUGGUACUCGGGCUGGCACUCAUGUCAGAUGGAGUGGAGGUGUUCGUGGUGGGUUUUGUGCUGCCCAGCGCAGAGACAGACAUGUGUGUGCCCAACUCCAGCUCGGGAUGGCUAGGCAGUGUUGUUUACUUGGGGAUGAUGGUUGGAGCAUUCUUCUGGGGAGGGAUGUCUGACAAAGUGGGCCGCAGACAGUGCCUCCUCAUUUGCAUGUCCACAAAUGGCUUCUUCGCCUUCCUGUCAUCUUUUGUCCAGGGAUAUGGCUUAUUCCUCCUUUGCCGUCUCAUCGCAGGCUUUGGGAUAGGAGGUGCUGUGCCCAUCGUUUUCUCCUUCUUUGCAGAGGUGUUGUCCAGGGAGAAGAGAGGAGAACACCUCAGCUGGUUGUGUAUGUUCUGGAUGAUAGGGGAGAUCUAUGCAUCUGCUAUGGCCUGGGCCAUCAUCCCACACUACGGUUGGAGUUUCAGUAUGGGUUCAGCUUACCAGUUUCACAGCUGGAGGGUGUUUGUGGUCGUCUGUGCCCUGCCCUGUGUGUGUGCUGUGGUGGCGCUUACCUUCAUGCCCGAAAGCCCUAGGUUCUACCUUGAGGUGGGGAAGCAUGAUGAAGCCUGGAUGAUCCUCAAACAGAUCCACGACACCAACAUGAGAGCGCGUGGGCAACCGGAGAAAGUCUUCACCGUAAACAGAAUCAAGAUCCCCAAACAGCUGGAUGAACUGGUGGAAAUGGAGUCAGAGACUGGCAACCCAGUUUCCAAGGCUUUCUUUAGGAUAAAGGCUGAAAUACAUGGGAUCUAUCUGAAUCUCAUGAAGUGCUUCAACUACCCUAUGCGAGAAAACAUGAUGCGACUAGCCAUAGUGUGGUUCACACUGUCAUUCGGGUAUUAUGGCCUGUCAGUCUGGUUCCCUGAUGUUAUCAAACACCUUCAGGCAGAUGACUAUGCCUCCAAAGUGAAGAUCCACGACAAUGAACGCAUUGAAGACUUCACCUUCAACUUCACCCUGGAGAACCAGAUACACAAAAAUGGUCUCUUCAUCAAUGACCGAUUCAUCAAUAUGAAGCUGAAAUCCGUCACCUUCAUUGAAUCUACCUUUCGGAACUGCUACUUUGAUGAUGUGACAUCGGUGGGCUCCUUCUUCCGUAACUGUACUUUCAUUGAUGCUUACUUCUUUAACACAGACAUCGAUGAAUCCAAGUUGAUAGAUGGCACAGAGGUGAUCAACAGCACUUUCACCCACAACAAGAUGGGAUGCCAGAUGACGUUUGAUGAUGACUACAGUGCCUACUGGGUUUACUUCAUCAAUUUCCUGGGGACCCUGGCUGUUCUUCCAGGCAACAUUGUGUCCGCCCUUCUCAUGGACAAAAUUGGACGUCUGUCCAUGUUAGGUGGCUCUAUGGUCCUUUCAGGCAUCAGCUGUUUCUUCUUGUGGUUUGGCACCAGCGAGUCCAUGAUGAUUUUCAUGUUGUGCCUUUACAACGGCCUGAGCAUUUCUGCCUGGAACUCCCUGGAUGUGGUCACAACUGAGUCAUUCCCUACUGUCAGGAGAGGAACAGGUUUUGGGUUCUGCAACGCUCUUUGUAAGCUGGCUGCAGUCUUGGGGAACCUGAUUUUUGGUUCUCUUGUUGGAAUCACAAAGGCCAUCCCGAUCCUCAUGGCCUCGUCUGUGCUCGUCGGGGGAGGACUGGUUGCUCUCCGGUUGCCUGACACCAGGGCAAAUGUCCUCAUGUAACACCAGCUUGGUGUUUAUCAGCUAGGAUAGCCUGGAUAAAACCUGGGUGGGUUCAAGAGGAAGCCCAGGGAGUGUUGAGCAAGGAGUGCAAAUGGCUUGGUUCAGACAUAUCUUAACACUUUUAAUCACAUUUUGCAAAAGUACCGUAGGUAAAGCCGGAUAGUAACCGACCUUUUCCCAGUGUAUUUUACUUUUUUCAUACAAAUAAAAAUCAUAAAAAUCCUGGUUAGUCAAUUCCAAGCUCUGCUUUCACAUGACAGAGCUGAGAGUUUGCACAGAUUUUGGUACUGAGACUUUGGUGGAGUUUUGUUCAGUGACUGGCUGCACCUUCCAGCUGUAGCCAUAACCUUGUGUGGAGUCACUGCAUGGUUAUAGCUCAAGGCUUUUAAUAUUGAUACAGUCUUAUUAAGACAUGCCAGAUGGGGAGAAAAGUGAAAAACAAGCUGUAAUGAGCACAGCCAGCCUGCUGUGUGACAACGUAGGGAAUAGGUGAUUAGAUGGAGUGGUCACACGACACAGCUGUAUGACAGCUGGCUUGCACACAUAGACAGGACAUGCUGUUGACAGCGUGCGCAAAGUCAAAAUACACAACUACAUAAGAAUGAACAUGAAAGAAGAAAGAACAUGUCUUAAAAUGGACUGCCACCACAUAUACAUGCAUUUCAUUUCAUCACUCUACACUUGCACCUUCCUGUACACACAAUACUGUACUUUGCUCAACAUGACAUUUACUCAGACGGCUGCAACCUUUUCAAAGUAGAUAAUUCACAUAGGACACCAAGCCCUUUGCAUUACCUACCCAACCAAGAAUCAAAAAGGCCAUAUUGAAAAACUGUAUUUUCUUAUACCACUAAUUGUACGCUAUGUUGAAUCUGAGGCUUGUAAUUUAAUUUUCUGCUGCAUCAUUGUGGAAGUUGGAAUGAUGAAAUAUUCAUUUUAUCCAAAUGUUGUUACUCCAGGUCCUCUUCCAUGUGUUGUCUCAUUGAUCAAAGACUCUGUCAUGAGCUCUCCUUCUGAUUUAGCUGUUGAUAUUGACAUGUCAUACAGCUUCCUUUUAAAAAUGCUGAAUGGCCUUUUUAUAAAUGUGCCUCUCCUUAACUGGAGUAGUCUGCCAAUAGUCAUGUAGUGUCCAACGGAACAGACAGAAACUGAAUAAUAAGUAAAGGGAUAAAAUAAUCAUGGUGUUUUUGUGUAUAUAUGUGAAAUAUGUCACCAAUACAGUAUUUUAUUAGGGUGUAAACUUCAUCUCCUUUGUUAAACAUUCCUGUUUUGAUAAAAUGUUUAUUUUUGUGACAUAUGUCGCCUCCUCUCCUGAAAAAAAAAUCCAUUUGUUACUGCAUGUAACAAUGAAUCAUAAUCUGAUCAAAUGGUGUAAAUGACCUUGCAUGACUACAAAGUAAUAAUGUAAAGAACAUCUACCUCUUUAUGAGGACUAAUUGGUGCCACCCAUGAUGUCUCCUAAGGAAACUUUUGGCUUUUUUGACCUUAAAUCUUCUUUGAUCUUAAAUCAUCUGGGAAGACUUAAACCCAAAUUAAGUUUGCAUUUUUGUCACAUUUGAAGUUGUGAAACAAAAACUAGAUGAUACAGUUGAUCUCAGUCAUUUGUUGUGACUUACCAAGAUUUUUGUCUAAAAUCUAGUUUUGCCAUAAUCUUACUUGAAAACAUGACCUAUCUUGUAAUAGUUAUUAUGUAUCUUGUCUUUCAACAUUGGAACCUCAAUGCAUACCGCAAAAGAUAGUGAGAUUAAGAUCAUAUUGUUAUUUUCAAAGUGUUAAAAUACUUCUAAAAAUUCAAAUUGGCAUUUUUCGGCAUAUAGCUGACAUAAUAAUUCAGUUACUCUCAGUCUUAUUUAAUUUGUGGAUUGUAUUUUCUGUGGCUAACUGCCUGUGUUCUCCUGCUUUUCUCUGUAUUUGUGGUAUCUGUGAUCGCAGCGUAGAGGUAGUGUGCCCUUACACUGCAGUUCAGGCUGUCAAGGCUACUCAACAACAAAAAACAACAACAGUGGUACUGUACAUGUGCAUUCAUUUCCAUGGAACCAACUUCAUCUCAGAUUUUGUAAAAUUAGUUGGAAAUACAUAAUGAAGUGUGCUGCUGUUUCGCAACAGAUAUUUUUUGAUGACAUAAUUUAAAUAUUUUUGAAAAAAAUAAAUGCACUGAUAUAAAAAACUUAUGACUUUUGCCCAGCGUCAAUCCAACGCAGCUGACUGUUGUCAGUGGCAAGAAUAACAAGGAUUGAACUGUAUGGUUUCAGUCUUAAAACCUUAAUUCGUGGCAGAUCUACCUGUUGUGUUAUAUUGGGCAGAAAUUAUAUUGCUGUUAUGUUUGAGGUAUUUGGGGUAUUGCUUAUAUGUACUGUAUUUACUGUAUGUGUGUGUACGUGCGUGUGUGUAUACGAGAGAGUACUGUAUGUGUGUGUGGAUGCAUGAGUGUAAAUAAUGUACAUAUCAAAGCUGAUAUUGGUGGACUUCUGGGUUAUAUGUGUAUAAGCUCCUUGAUCAACUCAUGUGUCUCCUGCUUUGUCCAAGUCCAUCUACUGUAUCUGUGUUGUACUUCUGUGUGUCCUUGGCGUUAAGCCCCCAUUCACCUGCUACUCUCUGUGUGCGUAUGUGUGUGUGUGCCAAACUUGCAUGUAUGUAAGAAAACUUCUGUUCUUUUGUGCUCAACUUUGUGUUCUUACUGUAAAUUCCUCUGGCGGAAAAUGAUGGCAAUAUUCAGAUUUUUGUUGAGGAAAAAUGUGAAUGUAUCACUCCUGUAAGUUCUGUUCAUCCAUUUUAUGGAGGUAAGCAAAUGUAUGUGGAGAAUAAAGUUGUGUACAUUAUUGUGUAUUGCCUGCCAGUCAUAGGGUGACUGUGCUGUAUGUUCAGAGGUCUAUAAGUGUGAAAAUAUGUGAAGAAAUAGUUGCCAAAUGAUGCCCUGUGAAUAAUCGUAGAAACUGGAAAGGCAGGGAUUGCAGAUUGUGUGGCUUUUGAACAUAUAUACAAUAAAAAAGUUAUGUUCUC